AUGUCCUCCUCAAGGGCUUCGACGGCCACCCUCGGUCGGGAUCAUGGGCCCCAAUACCACGAGCCGCAAACCAACUGCGAUGUGGUCCCGGAUCAGAUCGUUCCCGGUCUCUUGAAUGCGCUGGACGAAGGACCGCCACCAAAACGACUCAUCAUAGCCGUCGACUUUGGCACCACAUACUCGGCUGUUUCUUAUGUCCCUGUACCUGAAGGAUGCCCGCCUGAGUUGGUUGACCCGCGCUCAAUCCGCUCCAUUCGAAACUAUCCCGAGAGUUGGAACUUCAGCCCCAACGACCCAAUGAUGGUCGAGGUGCCUACUGAAGUCAUGUACCCCCUGAACCGGCAUUUCCGCAAGGAGGAGGACAUGCAUGCUGCGGAACAGACUUUCAGCAAUGGUGUUGAGGAUACAGGCCACGGGCGGACUCCGGGCUCAGAUUUUGGCAUCGACGUAGAGUCAACAGCCUCGCCCGACGCGGACGGGGACGUCAGUAUGUCGGCCAGCCAUGACGACCAAUUUCGGUGGGGUUACCAGGUCCAUGAGCGCCGAUCCCUGCCCAUGACACACUCGGACAGCUCAAACCAGCCGUUUUCUCGAUUCAAGCUCAUGCUGGACAAAACCCCUGCCACAGAGCCUCUUCGACAAAGCCAGAGCAUCACUCUGAACGGUCUCCGAGCGAGGAAGAUUAUCAAAGACCCUCUAGACGUUAUCGCCGACUUCUUAACCCAUCUCUUGAAGCACACUCAGUCUCAACUGCGGGAUGAGGGCUUUGGCAGCAGCUAUCAAAGAGAGAUUGUCCUCUGCGUUCCUGCAAUUUGGACACAGAAAUCCUGCCGAGAUAUGCAAGCAUGCAUGGCGGUUGCCAUGGAACGAUCUAAUUUCCGGGGCGUCAAUUUACAGAAUGAUAGCAUCGAAAACCUCUUCAUCGUUUCCGAGCCCGAGGCCGCCGCUGCAUACGUGCUUGCCGAGAAGCGCGGGUUCCAGUGCCUCUUUGGAUCGAGCUACCUCAACGAAGGCUUCCACGGCCUUCUGAAGCAGCUGCUUGAAAGCGAAACAUAUCUUGAGCAAGGUAGCGAGACUAUCGAUGGCAUCAUCGAGAAGAUUAUGAUCGAUCAGUUCGAGUACAGGGUCAAACGAUCCUUUGACUGCUACACGGCCGGAGCGUAUAAGUUGUUCCCCGUGUCUGGACUCCGCGACAACCCCGAAAAAGGUUUCAGGAACGGGUGUGUUAGAAUUUCAGCAAUCUUUAUCAGCUGCCUCAAAGGCAUUGGUUCACUAAUGGAAGCCCAAAUCACAGGCGCGAUGGAGCAGGGCUCCAAGGUCACGAAGGUGAUCCUCAUCGGCGGAUUCGCGGCAUCUAUCUCUCUCCAGAAGUAUCUUAAAGCCCGUCUGGAUGUAUUCAGCCGCGAGCACAGUUUCCAGGUCGCCCUAGUAAUUCCAGAAUACAACAUUGUAAACGCCGUCGCCUCGGGAGCCGUCCUGCGAGCACUCAACAAGGAUCAAGGCCCAAGCAGAGAAGCCCGAUCGAGCUACGGCAUCCUACGCACCGAACCCUUCAAGGAAUACCCUGAGCACGAGGGUUUGAAGCCGUCCUACGACUCUCAUGACGGACAUCCUUACAUCAUGAAUACUGUGGACUGGGUUCUGAAGCUGGGAAAUAUUGUCCCUUCCAAGUGGCAAUGCCCGCCUUUCGUCUGUAGCCACACUUUCGACGUCUGGCCACUCCGUCCGCUGAUCUGCAAGGAGAUUUUAUAUAAAGUUGGUGAGAUCGUGGUGGAUUUCUCGUUUCUUCGUCAACAAGGCCUCAUAAGGCCUAUCGAGCCUGUGGUCAACGAACACGGGCGAAAGGUUGGAACAAGACAUUACCGGGUCAACUACACCAUGGUCAUCGAAGUCAUAGAUCGUGACUUGCAAUUCCGUAAAAGGUGCUGCAUAAAUAUUGCGUCGGGUUUCCGCCCUGGCGUUAAAUGA